AUGGCGAAGGCUGGGAUGCGCGUGCUCGUGCUGGCAGCGCUGGCAGUGGGGCUGCUGGCGGCGGCAGUGAGUGGAGCGCGGGACGCCAUGAAGGUAGCCAGGGGCCUGGUCCCAGAGGAGGGUGGGGACGGUGCUGCGCCUGGCGGGGUGGGCGCGGGGCAGCAGAGGAAGGGCGCGCGCAUUCUGGCGGCUGAGACCUUCGCUCACCACGCCCCUCUGCCCGACUACCUCGACCACAUCCCCCGCCGCCAGGCCCUCGCCACCAGUACGCAACACAACGCUGCUCCCUCCUCUCCCUCUCGUCGCUGCCUUGCUUCCUUAGCUCUGCUGAUCCUUUCUUAUCACAGCCCGUUCCUGCUCUCCUUACCUCUCAUUUCUCUGCUCCCCUUACCUCUCACUUCUCUCUGCUCCCCUUACCUCGCAUUUCUCUGCUCCCCUUACCUCUCACUUCUCUCUGCUCCCCUUACCUCUCCUUUCAUUUUUCUGCUCACCUUGCUCCUCUUGGCCCUUGAUUCUCUGCUCCCUUUACCCCUCAUUUCUCUGCUCCCUUUACCCCUCAUUUCUCUGCUCUCUUUACCCCUCAUUUCUCUGCUCCCUUUUCCCCUCAUUUCUCUUCUCCCUUUUCCCCUCAUUUCUCUGCUCCCUUUACCCCUCAUUUCUCUGCUCCCUUUAUCCCUCAUUUCUCUGCUCCCUUUACCCCUCAUUUCUCUGCUCCCUUUACCCCUCAUUAUUCUGCUCCCUUUACCCCUCAUUUCUCUGCUCCCUUUAUCCCUCAUUUCUCUGCUCCCUUUACCCCUCAUUUCUCUACUCCCUUUUCCCCUCAUUUCUCUGCUCCCCUUUCCCCUCAUUUCUCUGCUCCCUUUACCCCUCAUUUCUCUGCUCCCUUUUCCCCUCAUUUCUCUUCUCCCUUUUCCCCUCAUUUCUCUGCUCCCUUUACCCCUCAUUUCUCUGCUCCCUCUAUCCCUCAUUUCUCUGCUCCCUUUACCCCUCAUUUCUCUGCUCCCUUUACCCCUCAUUAUUCUGCUGCCUUUACCCCUCAUUUCUCUGCUCCCUUUAUCCCUCAUUUCUCUGCUCCCUUUUGCCCCUCAUUUCUCUACUCCCUUUUCCCCUCAUUUCUCUGCUCCCCUUUCCCCUCAUUUCUCUGCUCCCUUUACCCCUCAUUUCUCUGCUCCCUUUUCCCCUCAUUUCUCUUCUCCCUUUUCCCCUCAUUUCUCUGCUCCCUUUUACCCUCAUUUCUCUGCUCCCUUUUCCCCUCAUUUCUCUGCUCCCUUUACCCCUCAUUUCUCUGCUCCCUUUAUCCCUCAUUUCUCUGCUCCCUUUAUCCCUCAUUUCUCUGCUCCCUUUCCCCCUCAUUUCUCUGCUCCCUUUCCCCCUCAUUUCUCUGCUCCCUUCACCUCUGAUUUCUCUCAUGUGGGCGCACGACGCAUGCGGCCGCACAACAGUGACGAUCCGCUCGCAGUACCUGGGGCCGUACGACCUGCACUCACUUCUGCCCCUCCCUCCCCUUAUCUCCCUCCCCCUUUUCCCCUGCACCUCCCAGCAUGCGGGCGCACGACAGUGACGAUCCGGUCGCAGUACCUGGGGCCGUACGACCUGCACAACGACAUCUACAACAUGACAUUCUACAACGGCUGCGCCUACAACGUCACCAGCCCGUUGCGCGUGUGGCAGUGCUUCAACUUCUACAACAUAUGGGAGGGCGUCCUCGACAAUCCCGCGCCCAACCCCACGCAGUACCAGACAGGCGACAUUUUCGUGCAGACGCUGCCGGGGUACUGUGAGAUGCGCAUGAACCGCGGUGCUAACGGCAAGUUGCAGAUGCUCCCCGGGGAGACGGUGAACAUUGUGUAUGCGCACACGUGGGACUUCCGGCCCUGCGUGCAGGAGCUGCGCUUCGGCAACGGCAACAGCUACUCAAUGACCAACACCACCGAGUGCCAGCUCGCCAAGGUCAUCUAG